CGCCCUUCACAACUCCCAACUGCACGUUAAUCGGAACACGUUCCGAUCUACUAAACAACAGCCCGGCAGAGAAAUACUGUCCGACAAAUUUGGCUGACUAAGCCUGCGAAAAAUGCCGAAAGCAUUCUUAGUCAAGAAGAGGACGGAAAAGCUCAAGAAACUGCCUUCGAAUGUGAUCAUAGCCAGCCCGGGAAGCGGUUAUAAUCAAGAUUUUCAACAUGCUACCCCGCAUAUCAAGAAGGUGGGAAUGUUACAGAUGCCCGCCGAAAUCGGCUGGGAAAAGAGACUUUUUACGUAUCCAGCCGAAGUGUCGAGCUUUAAUGUACUAAGAGAAGCUCCGAAGAGCGUUGCCGCGGAAUCUCAGGAAAAACAGCCUGGCAUAAGAAACCUUGAUGAAAACGGCAAUGAGAUCGCCCCAGGGCAAACAGCGCGAAAUAGCUACCAGUGUCAAGAGUGCAGUAAGAAUUACUCCACUCUCACAUCGCUUCUUCGACACCAGCAAUACCACUGUCAGCCUCACCAUAAACGCCCGUUUCACUGCAAAUACUGUGACAAACUUUAUGUGUCGCUAGGAGCGCUCAAAAUGCACAUUCGUACACACACCUUGCCGUGCAAGUGUAAAAUCUGCGGUAAGGCCUUCAGCAGGCCUUGGUUGCUUCAAGGACAUAUCCGAACGCACACCGGAGAGAAACCCUACAAGUGUCCGAACUGCCAGCGAGCCUUCGCCGACAGAUCAAACCUCCGAGCGCAUCUACAGACGCACUCUGACGUUAAGAAGUAUUGCUGUAGACUCUGCUCGAAAUCUUUUUCAAGAAUGUCGCUCCUACUGAAGCACGAAGACAGCGGAUGCCCUGGAAACGGUCCUUAAGUCACAAAAACUGACUUAACUCCGUUCUAGAACUUUCGAUUCGUAAACGAAGCGUAACCUUUACGCGUCGUAAGUUGAAAAAGCUUAGCGCGCCUAAUAAAAAAAUAGUUCACUGUAGCUGUGAUUAACUCUGGGAGUUGUUUUUUCCCGAUAGCUGUUUUUGUUGAAACACGAGUAAAUACGAAACUCAAAACGACAAUGGUCGCUCAGAAUCGCUCAGGACCCGGUAGCUGAGCUAAACUGAAUCCAAAGGG